CAGCGUUGUUUUCGGGAAGGGGGCUGGCACUUGUCAGGAAAGGGUUAGCAAGACCCGAAGACCGCUACGUCUCCGCACAAUCUCUCAAACGUCAACCUUCCCUUUAUUAUAACACCCUGUGGCAUUUUUUACAUUGGGAUAUUGUGAUUUAGUUUUUUCGCCGAUUGUUGGGAUACAUUAUUCGACAAGAUAUUCGACGGGACAGCUGUGAAGGGAGAGCUUCGACUUCGUCCGCACGUCUAAUGUACUGAACGGGGCGGAAGUAACUUGCCAGCUGUCUGGCUAAGCUUCGCUCGUGUCUGAAUGCCAACCCUGAGGGUGAUGGAGUUGAGCAGGCAACUCUGUGGAAAAAUGAAGAGGUCUGGAAAGAGAGCCCCACUCUCCACCUCACCUACUGCCACCUGGGGACUGGAGAUUCACUUUUACGCACAAGAUGUGCACCAGCUUGAGUAUUUCAAAGGGUGCUACACUGCGGAGGAACUCUGUGUUGAUGCAGCCAAAAAAUGCUCCAUCUCUCCAUUGUGCCAUAAUUUAUUUUCCCUGUACGAGGAGAGCACCAACACCUGGUACCCUCCAAACUAUGAGUUCAAUGUCUCAAAGGAAACCAGUAUCAGGUUACACUAUCGCAUGAGGUUUUAUUUCAGAAACUGGCAUGGCAUCACAAAAGGAGAGUCUUCAGUGUGGAGACACUGCAUCAGUAAACUCAGAGGAGGACUGAGCUCACAGAAAAUGUCCGAGGGAAUCCCCUUAUUAGACGCUGCGUCUCUCAACUACCUGUUUGCUCAGGGCCAACAUGACUUUCAGAAGGACUUUGUUCCACUGAGGUUGUGCCAGACGGAGGCAGAACAACAUGAUUUAGAAAACGAGUGCCUGGGCAUGGCUGUGCUCGCCAUCAGUCACUAUAACAUGACCACGUCUGUGCCAAAUCCUUCCAAUGAUAUCAGCUACAAGCGGUUUAUUCCAGAGUCACUGAACCGCAGCAUUAAGCAGCGCAACAUUCUGACUCGCAUCCGCAUCAACAACGUCUUCAAGAAAUUCCUCGGAGAAUUCAACGGUCGCACCGUCAAGGACAGCAACAUCACGCCGUACGACUUGAAGAUCAAGUACUUGGCCACACUGGAGGGGCUGACCAGUGGUCUGGGCUGCGAGCUCUUUGAGCCAAUUUCACUCAGCGUGUCACAGGAAGGAGAGUUUUCCAUUGGUUACAAUGGGUAUUACAACCAGAUGCAAAGUCAAAGCCAGAAUCAAAACAUGGAAGUUUUGGUUUCUGGAACAGUUGGAAUUUCCUGGAGAGAAAAACCAGUGUUGGUGUCCGUCAAAGAAAAAAGCAAAUCAAAGAAGAACAAGUCGGACGGCAAACAACAAAGCGACGCAAAGAAAGAGGCAUACGAGGGCUGGGUGGUGUUCUGUGACUUCCACGAGAUAAUCCACACCGCCAUCAAGGAGGCAACAGUCUCCAUCUAUAGACAGGACAAGAAGAUGGAGAUGCAAAUGAGCUCUAGGACCGAGGCUCUCUCCUUCCUUGCUCUGGUGGACGGUUACUUCAGGUUGACAGUGGACGCUCACCACUACCUGUGCAAGGAGGUGGCCCCAGCGUCAGUGGUGAAGAACACUGACGACGGCUGCCAUGGGCCUAUAAGCACGGAGUAUGCCACCCACAAGCUGCGUCAUGAGGGCAAUGAAGAGGGCACCUACAUCCUGCGCUGGAGCUGCACCGACUACCAGUACAUCAUCAUCACUGUUGUGUGCACGGAGAUUGAUUUAAAUGAGCCUCACCCGGUUCGCCAGUACAAGAACUUCCAGAUCGAAGUGAGCCCUGAAGGCUGCCGCCUGGAUGGCACUGACACGCUUCGGCCCACGCUCAGGGAGCUGCUGGAGCACCUGGAGGGUCAGAGUCUGCGUACUGACAAUCUGCAUUUCCAGCUGCUUCGCUGCUGCCCCCCACAGCCCCGAGAGGUGUCCAACUUGCUGGUGGUCACUAAAGAGAGAGCCAUGACGCCACAGGACAGUCAUCUCAGCUUCAUUCGUAUCCUCAAGGAGGACAUUCAGCAGGAGGAACAUCUUGGCCGGGGCACAAGAACCAACAUCUACUCUGGCACCCUGCGUGUGAAGAGUGAGGAGGACGAGGAUGCAGGAUACUCGUCCUUCCAGGAGGUGAAGGUGGUCUUGAAAGUGCUGGGAUCUGGACACAGGGACAUCUCCAUGGCCUUCUUUGAGACGGCUAACAUGAUGCGACAGGUAUCCCAUAAACACAUGGUGCUGCUGUAUGGAGUGUGUGUCCGCCACCUGGAGAACAUCAUGGUGGAGGAGUUUGUUCAACUGGGACCUUUGGAUGUGUUCAUGAGGAGGGAGGCGGCUCAACUCACCGCCCUGUGGAAGUUCCAGGUGGCAAGGCAGCUGGCCUCAGCUCUCAGCUACUUGGAGGACAAAAAGCUGGUUCAUGGAUUUGUGUGUGCGAAGAACAUUCUGCUGGCCAGGGACGGACUGGACCCUGACGAGGGAGGACCCUUCAUUAAGCUCAGUGACCCAGGAAUCCCCAUCACAGUGCUCAACAGAGAGGAGCGUGUUCACCGUAUCCCGUGGAUCGCUCCAGAGUGCGUGAAGAACGUUUCUGCGCUGAGUAUUGCAGCGGACAAGUGGGGCUUUGGGACCACCCUGUGGGAGAUUUGUUACAAUGGAGAAGUUCCACUGAAAGAGAAGAAACUCACUGAGAAGGAGAGGUUUUAUGAGAAAGAAUGUCAGCUGGCCACCCCGGACUGCAACGAGCUGGCUCAACUGAUGACCCACUGCAUGAACUACGACCCCAAGAAGAGGCAUUUUUUCAUGGCCAUCGUCAGAGACAUUGACAUCAUCGAGGAGAAGCAACCAUCCAUCAUCACUCAGCCCACGCCCCCAGUUGACCCCACUGUGUUUGAGAAGAGGUUCCUGAAGAAGAUCAGAGAACUGGGAGAGGGUCACUUCGGUAAGGUGGAGCUGUGUCGCUACGACCCUCGAGGAGAUAAGACUGGCGAGCUGGUGGCAGUGAAGUCCCUGAAGCCCGAGAACCGGGAGGAGCAGGGCAGCAAUCUGUCCAGUGAGAUUGACAUUCUGAAGGCACUGUAUCACGAGAACAUCGUCAAGUACAAGGGCAUCUGCCAAGAAGAAGGUGGUCAGGCCAUCAAGCUGAUUAUGGAGUAUCUUCCACUGGGCAGUUUGAAGGAGUAUCUGCCCAGGAACAAGAGUAAGACCACCCUCAGUAUGCUGCUCAGCUACUCCAUCCAGAUAUGCGAGGGAAUGGAUUACUUGGGAUCCAAGAAUUACAUCCACAGAGACCUGGCCGCUCGGAACGUUCUGGUGGAGAACGAGAGGACGGUGAAGAUCGGAGACUUCGGCCUCACCAAGAGCAUCAAGGAGAACGAGGGAUAUUACACCGUCAAGGACGAUAACGACAGCCCGGUGUUCUGGUAUGCUCCUGAGUGCCUGACUCUCUGUAAGUUCUACCUGGCCUCAGACGUUUGGUCCUUUGGCGUGACGAUGUACGAACUCAUCACCUACUGCGACUCCUCCAAGAGCCCCAUGAAUCUCUUCUUCAGUAUGAUUGGUCAGACUCACGGUCAGAUGACCAUCAUCCGAUUGGUGAAAGUGCUGCAAGAAGGGAGGAGGCUGCCACGCCCUGAGGGAUGUCCUGAGCCUGUGUACGAGCUGAUGCGCAGGUGCUGGGAACAGCAGCCCGACAAAAGGAUCUCCUUCAGGUGCCUGGUCGAGAAGCUGACGCAGAUGCUGCAGCAGCUCCAGGUGGAAAACAGCUUCUAAAACAGAGAAAAAAGGAAGAGAGGAUCAUCCGCCGUCGCCGCCGCUGCUGCUGCAGCUGCUGGAGACGGUGUGCAUGAGAGUGGAUGUUUGGAUUCUUCUACCAGAGACCACACGACAGAGACAACAGAGCUUCACACGUCACUGAGGUUUUUUUUUUGUUUUGUUUUUUGUUUUUAACCCAUGUCCAUGACAUUACUUUCACCCAGUAGACUUUUUAAACGGGCCUUUAUUUGACUACAGUAUCAGUAGGGUCUCGGGGGUGGGGGGUACUAAGUCAGUACAAGUAGCCUUAUUCCUGUUAGAUGUGAGCCCGAAUCUUCCGGAAGAAUUUCCAGGUGUAUCCACACACAUGGAUUUGAACUGUGGAACCAGACGGAGCCGUCGGCGUGAUGUUCUUCACUCUUCUUGAUCGCCUUCAUCUUUUUUGACACAGUCACAUGAUGGAUCAGCUGAGGAUCACUAUCUGUUCUUCUCAUCAGACUCUUCCUACAGGUUUUCAGACCUUGGGUUGGGACUUAUCAGGAUAUUUUAAGUCGACUUCCUCGAGAUUAUUCCACUCUGUUUUUGAUUUUUUCUACUGGAAGUGCUGACUGGGUUUGGUAGUAACUUCACAUGGAUGUUUGAUCUGGACACCUUGACUGUGGUCCAAGUAACAAGACAAUAGAUGAUGACGAACCACCAUGCUCCAUGGAUGACCAGCCAUUGGAUCAUUCAUUUACUAGUCAGAAUAUUGGGGUUGAGUAGAACUCUAUUUAACCACCAUUUAACAACCAUAUAAAUACAUUAAAUGUCAUUUAGUUUUUCCACUGUUUCAGUCUUUAAAGGAAAACGACAGCAGGGGGCAGACACUGACCUUGUGGGUCAAGGAUCGGGCUUGUGGUCUUAGCACCAAAACUCUUUAUUUAAAACACUGGGAUUAUAACAAAAUUCCAGGUCAGUGAAGUUUUAAAAACAGCUCCAUACUCUGUGAACUGCUGCCUAUAGGAUUAACAGAGAACCAAAACAAAUGUAUAAAAGUGCACAGGGUUUUUUCCCCUUCUGACUAGUCAUAUUGCUACUUGAUUUAAAGCUGCCAAAAUGCAUAAAAUGUGGGUGGAUUUUACUUUAUUGGCAGAUUCAGGAUAAGCAGAAAAUGUGGUGAGAAAGACCAGGAUGUAGGAUGUAGAAGAGGAAAAAUAUGUAAAAAUGAAUUCUAAAUUGUUCUACAUCAUUCAAAAGGAGUCACUUUAAAAAAGAAAAACCAUACAGCACUUCUGGUCAUUUUCCUGAUUUUUUUUUUAAAUCAACUAUAUCCAACUGUUUAUUUUUUUAUAUACAGUCAAGACUAUUUUUAGUUUGUUUUUCUUCCUAUUUUUAUUUACUUUUUAACAUUAUUUUUAAUCCAGGAAGAUGUAUGAUGAAACAAGUUCCAAUUGUAAUCUGCUUUACUGGUGUAAAAAUGACCUUUCUGCCUCCUAUAGUUGAAUGUUUAGCACUUAUGGAGCAUAAGAUGAUGGUCACUAGAGGGCAGCAGAUCUGUAUUUUUUCAUGUCUGUUCUCUCGGUUGGCUUGUGAAGAGUAGGAGCGGUGGCGAGGAGAAUAGAGUGAAAAGAGUGAAUUGUUAAAGUGAGGGAGAGUAUUUACGUGGUUUUUACGUUUUAACGUAAAUAUUUUACGUCUUCGUGUUAACGUAUGUGCGACAACAGUCAGACCGGAUGUAGUUCAACAUGAGCUGUACUGUGGAUUGUUGGGGGAGAAAAAUCACCGCUCACAGUUUCAGUGCUUCACUCCACCGUUUAUUUAGGAAUGUAAAAGACAAUUCCUUCAGCUCAGAGAAAAGUAUAUUUUUUUCAAAUGUAACACAAAAGUAAGAAUAAUUGCAGGUAAAAUAUCAAUAAAUACACCAUUAAAAAUAAAUACAAUCA